UUUGAAUCCGGGCUUUCGCGUUACACAACAAAUGCCUUCUCCCAAAAGAGUCUCGGGGAAAAUUGAUCCUCAAAAUUUUCGACGUAGAAUGAGGAAAGAGAGGAGCAGCUGAGACCAAGAAGGACGGUGAGUGCGAUCUGCAGACAGUAACCAGUCAACACGCCAAGCUCCUCCCAUUCUCGUGGGCGUUGAAAGCGACAGAUUUGCUGUUGACAGUGGACGAUGGGCUGGAGAUUUAGCUGCCCAGCGUUGCGGGAGGAGAACAAUGGAAAAGAAUGAAUGCCACGAUCGAGAAAUGUCGUUUUCAGAAGUCAGCGAGUCCGGGACCCGCACCAAAUUUGUAGGGUUUGCGAGGCGGGUUGACAGUGUGAAGCUAAAGAGAAGUCUCGUGACAGGGCUAUGACCGAAUCGGCCGGUCAAAGCAAAUCGAGCGUGAAAUUACUUCUCGCAAUCGUGCUCGAUAAAAAGUCGGUUGUCGAUGACGAUCCUGCUGACUCCACGCGCUCUGGAGAUGUCUUGAAGAUGGAGUUUGGUCGAGAUCUGGAGUUCAGGAGCAGGAAAAAGCUGGUACCCUUAUCCAUGAGGACAGUCGUGACUCAAAUGUUUCUCGCCGUGACAAGGCCUCCUCGACCUCGACCUCGACCAGCUUUAACCACUCCUCGAUCGUCGAACGAGAGAUUCACAGAACCGAGUCCUGCUUGUCUGCGAAAAGGCGCAAGCAGAGAUAGCCGCCUCACUCGGCCGUUAGAGAAGCAGGAAAGCACUGACAUCUGAUUCCGAUUCAAAGCUUUUGAGAAAUGAGAAUCUACGACCUACUUAAAUGAACGAUUCGUAUUUUCUAACGCGAUGCCCGAAGUUCUCGAGCAAGCAUACCAACCUUUCUUACAUCACGGGACUGCUCUCGUGUGGGUGGAAAGAGCAUUUGGAGAAUCAGCAGCAUUUAUUUCCGAUGUCACAACAUAGAUUUUAUAGAAAUCCAUAAUCUGUGCUUUGUUUCAAUUUCUCGUGCGCAUGACGAAGCGCGACACGUACACUUGUCAGAAAGCGCGGAACGGAGGCUCAAGGCGUGGUGCAAUCCCAUCGACUGAGUUACAGAACAAAGCAAAACUAAACUGGGAAAUGAGAAAAAGAGAUUUGAUCUAUCUUGGAAUAAAUCGACAGUAAUCUUUCUCCUAUUCCAUAGGCUUAAUCAAGUUCGAUAGAUGUGAGUAGAAAUUUGUUGCAUGG